AUGUCUACUUUCUUGUUUCUUGCUACUCUCCUUUUUCAUUCUUACUCAUUCACUUUUUUGACAAGAUUCAUCAGUGUUAUUGUUCAGCGCAUGCUCGGACGACUAAGACGAAUAACUGUCUAUGAAACCGCGGGAAGAUUCUAUCUAGUAGGUUGUGAUGCUUCGGGGACAAGAUUCAAGGUGUUGAAAAUUGACCGCAUUGACUCCAAAGCUUUGCUAACGGGCGAACCGGGGUGCGACUACUCUAAAGAGGAGAUAUUAGAACUUCUCGCUACUAUAACUGAAGGAAGUUCUGGUGAGGAUGCGAUAUUACUUUAA